UCUCUCUCUCCACUCUAAUCCUGGUUAAAUGGACUGAGCAACCUAGCUCUCCUGCAUUUCUCUCAGAAUGGAGUCUGUGCUGAAAUAUCUGGACUGCACCUCAGUGGGCUUGGCCCUGCUAGGUGGUCUGCUCACUCUGCUUUUGUUAGAGAUCUUCAGGUUGAAUUCGUCAAGGAGCCGCUACCCACCAGGACCCAAACCACUGCCCUUUGUGGGUAACCUGCCCCAGCUCUCAAAAGAUCAAAUGGCCUUCAUCAGAUCGUUACCGAAAUAUGGUGAGAUGUGCUCCAUAUACCUCGGCAGGAAGCCAACGAUCAUACUGAACAACAUGCAGCUUGCAAAGGAAGUUUUUGUUCAGAAUGGGACCGUGUUUUCUGGGAGGCCACUUCAGCCUUUAACAAAAUGGAUCACCAAAGGCUAUGGUAUUAUUACAGCCAAUUAUGGUCACUCUUGGAGGCAGCAGCGCCGCUUUGCUCUUCACACGCUGCGUGACUUUGGUCUGGGAAAGAAAACUGUUGAGGAGCGCGUAGCUGAGGAGGCGCAUUACCUCAUCAUGGAGAUGCUCAAACAAGAAGGAAAACCUUUUUAUCCCAUCCACCAAUUUAUGAAUGCAGUUUCCAACAUAAUCUGCUCCAUCAUCUUUGGAGACCGCUUUGAGUACGACAACAAGCGCUUCGCUAAGCUGCUUGAAAUGCUGAAUGAAAACGCUCAGUUUGUUGGAUCAUCUGCAGCUCAGAUUUUCAACUUGGUCCCCAUUAUCAAAUAUUUUCCAGGGCCACAUCAAAAGAUAUGGCAUAACGUUGAAGCCUUAAAAAAAUUUAUCCUUGAAAUUGUGGAGGAGCACAAGAAGACUCUGGAUGCAGACAAUCCCCGAGACUUCACUGAUGCCUAUCUGAUCGAGAUGACCAAGCAAGAGUCAAAGGAGGAAACCACAUUCCAUAUGGAAAACAUGAUGAGGUCGAUCCUUGACCUGUUCAUAGCUGGGACAGAAACUACAUCGACCACCCUCAGAUGGGGCCUCAUUUACAUGAUGGACCACCCUGACGUGCAAGAGUGCUGUCAUGAAGAGAUCAUUCGGGUGCUGGGUUUUGACCGCUGUCCUUGCAUGGAAGACCGCCCACAGCUCCCAUACACUUGUGCCACUGUUUAUGAGAUCCAACGCUAUGCUAGCAUUGUUCCUAUUGGCUUGAUUCACAAAAACACACAACCAGCACUGCUACGAGGAUACCACCUGCCCAAGGGAUAUGAGAUCCUGGUCAACUUAACGGCCAUCAUGACUGACAAAAAUCACUGGAAGUAUCCAGACACGUUCAACCCAGAGAACUUUCUGGAUGAGAAGGGACAGUUCUGCAAAAACGAUGCCUUUCUGCCGUUUUCUCUGGGUCCGAGGGUGUGUCUGGGUGAGUCUCUGGCAAAGAUGGAGCUCUUCAUCUUCUUCACCUCUCUGCUCCAGCGCUUAAAGUUCUCAUGGCCUGCUGGAGCUCCACGCCCAAACAUGGACGGCACUUUUAGCGUGGUUCAUUCUCCAUACACCUUCAAUACAAUCUGCUGCAGCAGAGAGACCACCCACUGAAUCAAGUUUACCCUUUACUUGUCAGUGACAUCACCCCAGGAGAAGUUCCUCUUCUUUAACACAUCUAAUCAGUCUCAACAAGAACACAUUAUCAAGCUCUUUCUUCAUACUCAGACCAGUCAGGGGAAAAUGUACAAGGCAUGACGUUCUACCAAAAUAAUACGCACAAUAGUUUAAUAGGUUUAAAAUGAAAGUUAAAAAAGGCCAAUUCUGUACUUACACUGGGGUCCAAAUACUACAACCACAUUUGAAAUCAGGGAUUUUUUCAUAUAAAUUUGGAAAUAAAGUACAAAGCAUUUUUUGGAUUUUAAGUUCAAGUUUUGGUUUAAAACAAAGAAAAGUUGUGACAUAAAAUAUAAAAAGAUAAAUACAGGAUUCUGCACUUUUGAUUUAUUAUUGAAGUUUUAAGAAAAAUCAAAAGUAAAAUAGACACCAAUGCUCAGUUAAAGGUUGGAUACAAUAUUGAUAUGUAAUAUACAAAUAAAGGAGCUCUGUAAAAUGUUUUAUUGUAGCUACUGCUUAAUAAAGUAGUACAUUUUGCUACGUUACUAGUACUAUUAAAUAUAAAUUUUAUUUAAAGUGCCAGUUAAUUAGUGUAACACAGAGCAAGGAGGUGGACGCAUAUGCAGAGAUAAGCGACUUUAUUAAGGGCAAAGCCAGGGUCAUGGUCGAGACAGUCCAGGUUCAAGUGACCAAUACGUACAGGAGAAGGGACAGACAUUAUGUAUAACAGGUACACAAACAACUGGGCCAGAAGAAAAACAUGCAUCAAACCUCAAACAACAACAAAGACCAGCAAAGACGAGGGGCAAACACAGGGCUCACAUGCAACAGGGAUGAUGAGGGACAGGUGGAAACAGUCAGGGGCAGAGUCACAAAACAAGGGGCUGGACUAGACAAAAAAACAAAUGCACAUGGAUAAUCAAAAAGUAAACAGAAAAAGCACAUGGAGUAGUGGGAGGAGCCAACCGUGAUAAUUAGCAAUUAUUGAAUUGAUGGGUUAUUGGAUUCUGGCUCCUUAAGGCUUAAUAAUGGCAAAAUAAUGGACAUAUAAAAAUGUGUGAAAGCUUCAAA